CGUGGUAUUGGUACGCACAAAUAGCAACAGCAAACAUGGCGGCGUGAAAGUCACAGCUCAUUGUUAUGGCUGAAGUUUUGUGACAGAAGUUCUAUAUUCUAGAUUGGACUAACUCAUCAGGAUCUAUUCACCUGGUAUAGAUAGCUAAUGGUUAAAAGAAAACACAGAUGCAGAAAGGCCUGUGUUGUCACAGUAUAAUUCAGCUGCUGUGUCGGUAAAGCAGGCAAGAAGGACAGUAUGGCAUAUACCACAUCUUGUGGUAUCCAUAAUGCACAUAAAGAAAGAUUCUUUUGUGAAAAAACAUUUUAAAGCAUAAACUUAAAGUAGAUUAAUCAGAAACACACAUUUGGCACUCUUCCAAACUUCAUACAGCUAGAGUAGUGUGGGGAAAAGCAACAAAAGCUGAAAAAGUGGCUGAAGAUGAAUCGCUAUCAGAUUAUGAAGCAGCUGGGGGAUGGCACCUAUGGGAGUGUGUUGCUUGCAACAAUGGUUGAAACAGGAGAAAAGGUGGCUAUUAAAAAGAUGAAGAAAAAGUACUAUUCCUGGGAUGAGUGCUUAAACCUACGUGAAGUCAAGUCACUGAGAAAACUAAGUCAUCCAAACAUAGUAAAAUUGAAGGAGGUUAUCCGAGAGAAUGACAUGCUAUACUUUGUGUUCGAGUACAUGCGAGAAAACCUGUAUCAGAUGAUGAAGGACAGGGAUAAACUUCUUCCUGAGUCUGUGGUUAGGAAUGUUAUUUAUCAAGUUCUUCAAGGUCUUACCUUUAUGCAUAAACAUGGCUUUUUCCAUCGUGAUUUAAAGCCAGAAAAUCUCCUGUGUAAUGGCACAGAAAUGGUUAAACUUGCAGACUUUGGUCUUGCAAGAGAGACAAGGUCUAGACCUCCAUACACAGACUAUGUUUCAACAAGAUGGUAUCGUGCUCCUGAAGUGUUGCUAAGGUCCACGAAUUACAGCUCUCCUAUUGACAUUUGGGCCGUGGGAUGCAUCAUGGCGGAGCUUUAUACAUUGCGUCCACUUUUCCCCGGCAGCUCAGAAAUUGAUGAGAUUUUCAAAAUCUGCUCUGUGCUUGGCACACCGAAGAAAGAAGAUUGGGAGGAAGGCUACAGGUUAGCUGCUUCCAUGAACUUUCGCUGGCCUCAGUGUGUGCCUGCAAACCUGAGAGCACUAAUCCCUAAUGCAAGUCAAGAAGGCAUACAGGUCAUCCGUGACAUGCUUGCCUGGAACCCACACAAACGACCAACAUCAACCCAGUGUCUGCGAUACCCAUUCUUCCAAGUGGGCCAGAAAUUGGGUGUCACACCAUUACCAAGGACAGAAAACUCCAGUGCCACUGUGCCCACCACAGCCUUAGUUAAGCCUGGUGGUCGGACUAAUGAAUCUCAGCCACAGCCAAAGACUCACCCAGAAGCCCGUCCUGCCCCCCUACGUUUCAAGGAACCAUCCAUAUUGGCUGAAUCCCCUGCCAACAUUCUCCCUGCCAUUACUAACCAGGCUGCAAAACAGACUGACAUUGAUACCUUUGCUAUGACAGUCACAAAGAAGCAAAGUGGGCGGAAACGAUGGGGUGGGCCUGGACUGUCAGACACAUGGGAUGACUGGAAUGAUUUUGACCUGGGCAACAGUACAAAUGCCACCAAGAAAAUACCUCCUAUUGGUGGUCGUUUACAUAACAAAGAGAAUGAAGAAGAGGAUGAUAUUCUUGGAAGUUUUGGUGGAAGAAAACCUGCCCCAAAGCAAAACCACAGGAUCAACUCUGGUCGGUCAUCAGCAAGUUCAGCAAAGCAGCAUUAUGUCAGCAAAGCCAGAUAUCUGCCAGGAAUCAACCCUAAAAACAGUGCACGCAAAGAUAGCUUAGCAUCAGACUGGAUAUCCAAGGCACCAGCUCAGAUAGGUGUGUCCCGGGCUACACAGCUUGCUGGUUUGGGAGGGGGCAACAAGUCAGGUGGAGAUCCUGGCUAUGUUCCUUCUUUCCUUUCCAGCAGCAAAGCCCCUGCCCCUAGCACAAACUGGAAGAGAGCAGCCCCGGUGCCAGUUGCUGUUGGCGAUAAGUCAAGUGGGCACUAUGGAAAUUCUCUUGGGCAUGCAGGUCGAACAGACUGGGCUUCAAAAUAUCUAAAAUCUUGAUUGUCGCCUUACCUAAAGACACAGAAGACCUAGCACUUUUGUUUUGGCAUGCUAGCCUUGACAAUCGAUAGUGAAAGAGAUAGAACCCAGAAGUCAGUGAGUGUAAUAACUGCCUGGGUUUUCUGAGUUUCUUGGCUGUGAAUUUCACACAAGAAUUGAUCGCUCUUUCAGUAGAGGAUCAUACCUGUUGGGAAUUAACUGGAACUGUGAAGAGGAGUAGCAUUUAAUUUGUAUAGUUUAGAAGUGGUCAUUUAGCAGUUUGUGGGAUCUGUCUGAAACAAGCCAUUCCAGUAUAGUUAGAUCUAAUCUCGCCAAACUUCAGUGAGUGGGUGAGUGAGAGAGUUUUGCACCUAUGUGAAUAUGUAUAUGUCUGUGUGAGGGUGUGUGUGCAUGAACUGUUUUUCUAAGCAUGUCUUUCAAAACAGAAAAUUUGGAGGAACCUGUUAUAGUUCAUUGAAAAAUUGCUCUGGUGGCAGUUUUAAGAACAUUUGCCUUUUGAUACUUGAAAACAGCUUGAACACAAAUGGGUACUCUUGAGAACCAAAACAGACAAAAACAAGCUAUUCUUGAAUCUAAUAAUCUGAUUAAAUGUCAAUAAUUGACGAAAUUAAGAAGUUAAAGUGAUCUUAUACAGAACAGCAAAUAGAAAAGUGUGUGCUUGUUCAUGCUGUUACAAUUACUUCAUUCAUGUCUUUGAUGUUGAGAAAUCUUUCAAUUUUUAUUGUCCUAAAGCAUGUAUUUGUUGAAACACAGAGUAUUGAAAGAUUUAUAAUUUACUGUGAUAUCAUAGACAUUUAUUUACACUCUUGUUUUUAGCACUGGUUUUGUUUAUAUCUGACAUUUCUACAUCCUCAGUCAAAUAUUCAAUCAUUAUACAUACACCCCAAGUGAAGCACAAACCUCAAGGGUUUGCUCUGUUAUGCACCACUUUAACUUAGCUUCAGUCCAUUUCGAAACAACAACUAAAAAUAUUUUUAUCAGCCCUCUUCCCACCACCUGUAAUCCUUCUUUUGUAAAAGGUAUCGCUUUAACUAUCGAAGCACUUAAAAUAACUUUUUCUUAUUUUCAUCAGCAUGUCUCCACUCAAUACUUCUUUGGGUUGCCCAGUGCUAAUUGUACAUUAAUCUUUUUGGCACACUAAGGCUUUGUGGGCAUGUUUUUGUGGGAAGUGCUUCAACCUAUUCAUGAUUUUUGCACAUUUCAGGCAUGAUGAAAUUUUUAUAAUUGUCUGUCAUUUAUUAUAAAUAAAAUGCGUGGAAAUUUUACAUGCUGUCUUGUAAAUGUAAUUGAUAAUGGAACCCAACAGUUAUUUGUGAGAUAUGGAGUGUAUUUCAUGGAACUUUGAAAGGAAAAGCUGAAAAUUAUUGUGCAAAUCCUCUGCCUAAAUAGAUUGUGUGAACAUGGCCUUACAUAUGCAGGGUUGGGGAAUGCCGUGUGUCGUGUUCCCUGAUGGCAGCUGUAUCACCCAGAGUGUUUGAGUGUUAGCAGUUAUCUGAUGGUAAGACCAAACCCUUCCACAUGUAACAGUAUCGUUUUCUUUUGUGUUUUUUUUUUUUUUCUCAUGCCGACUUUCUGGCUGCUCCAGGACAGCAAGCUGAAGUUAGCCAGCAUUUCUGUGGAUUGUAUGUCUGUAUGACACCACAAGAAAAACUCCUAUAUGAUUCAGAGAACUAAAUUGCACCAAGCUGCCUCAGGCCAUUGUGAAAAUCUUAGUGUCAAAACAGUGGCCUUAAUAUGUUGUAUAGACUUGAAGAGAUUAUUGUAUGUAGUAUGUUGUUUUCACUGUCCAGCGUGUAAGCUCUACAGAACCAACAUAGUUAAGUAGUUAAGCAAGUUUGGCUUACAAAUGCCUGCUUAUGUACUCUUGCACUGCUUGAAGUAGAAUUCCCAGAGUGUUUGACCAACCAAAAAAAAUAGUCAUAAAGAUAAAAAAUGUAUAAAUAAUGAGGAAUGUAAAAUUUUACACAUUUUUGUUCUCUGCUACUCUGUCACUCCUUAUAUCAGUUCACAUGGCUUAUAGGUCUUCUGACUGAAAUUACAUUAAUGCCAGACAUGAUUUUGCCACAUGUUUCUUGUGCAGAAAAAUGUAAUUUGCAUCUUAAUGUGACGUUUAUAUUGCCUUUUUAAAAACCAGAGAUGUGGACAUUUGAAGCAUUAAAUAUAUACCCAUAAAUUAAAAUAUGAAGACACC